AUGUGUGAUGAAAGUGAACCGUCUAUUGGGGGUCGUCCCAUUUCGGAGAUGAAAGUGGUGGAGUUAAAAGAGGAACUGGGAAAACGAGGAUUAUCGAAAAUUGGCAACAAGAACGCUCUUCAUGAACGACUCAAAGAGUAUUUGCUGACAGAAGUGAAUGCCAAGUAUGAGAACGAGGUACAGUCAACAGCUGUAGAAAGUCCACAAAGAGAUUUGACUUCACCACCCAAUCCACUGGUUGCAGAAUAUUUAGCCAAACAGCAGACUGCUUUGCGUGAAGCACGCAAAGAUGCAGAAGCAGUACGCAGAGCUUCGUCUGGAGAUGAUGCGUCGCCGAUACGUGAGAAGUCUGUUUCUGGUAUGCGUCGUUCUCGACGUGGACGUAGUUCAGCUACUGUUGAAAAACCUGCAGAAUUCGUGGUGACUAGUGAAACUGAACAGGAUCCGAUGGAAGCGGACAGUUUUCAAGAAAGUGUGGAGGCGCAGUUGAAAAGCCAUAAUAACGUAGAGGAAACUGAGAAUGACAGCAGUGCACCACUUGAAGUUUUAAAGAAGGAAACAGACGACGGCGUCGAUUCCGUGUCGACGGCUGUAAAGGUGAAGACAUCGGAAGAAAUCAAACGAACAAAAACGGAACAUGAUGAAAGAAGACUGGCCAGCGGUCAGCAGUCGGUGGAUCCGGGAGAGAGAUGGCCAGCAAGUACUAAGAAUGUCAGUGAAGAGCAUGAAUUACAAAAGAAACAUGAAGACAAUGAUGAAGAAGAGGAUGCAGUGUCGGAUGUGGCUAGCAGUGACAUGGGGACAUCAAGCCAAAGUCGAAGUGAGGCAGCAGAUGAAUCAAACGCAUCUUGGGAACAGAUGCCUGUAGAUCUGGAGGAAUUGUCGAAUCAAGAAGUGAUGCAAUCAGUCGACGAUACAUCAGUGAAGAAGACUGUAGAGGGCACAAAGGAAACUACAGCUAUGCAGAUUAAAACAAAAGUAGCUUUCACCCAAGAGAAAAAGCGUCGUUGGAAACCAUCUGAAACAACGCAAUCUACAAACAGUGUCGUCAAGAUUUCAGUGGUAAAACAUAAGGAAGAGGAAAUUGAAAUAGAUGAACAAGAAGAUACAGCCGACCCUCACGCUUCUGCUGUAUCCGAUUUCAAAGAAGAGUUGUCCGAGACAAAAGAUAGAAUGGAAGAGUUAGAUUACGAAGAACCUGUGCAAAGUUCGAUUGCCGAAGUAGCUGAGGAAGUUAAAGCUGCUGAAGAAAUAUCUAAAAGAUGCAAAGAGAGAAUAUUCGAAAGAGUCGAGAGACACGCAAAACGCUCAGGGACAUCAUGUGUAUCGAAGCGUUCACCGACUCCAGAUAAACAACUAGAUAGCCAUACAACAGUUGAUGGUUUCGUGCGUGAACGAAGAGUGUCACCAGCGCGAUAUCCAGUUAAUCAGGUAAUAAUGAUAAGACAGCUUACUCGACCUUAUACAGUUAAGCAGCUACAGCAACUGCUUUCAACUUUCGGUACAAUAGUUGAAGGGGGUUUCUGGAUCGAUAAUAUCAAAUCCACAUGCAUUGCAAAAUACUCAACUGUGGAAGAAGCUGUCGUGGCCCGAGGACGCCUCCAUAAUGUUGUAUGGCCACCUUCUAGUCCAAAAACUUUAAAAAUCGACUAUUCAGAUGAUGCAAAUCUUACUAAACAUCUCAUUGCCGAUCAGUCACAAAAUGAAGAAAUAACGAAAGGAAACGUAGAAACAGCGAAGUCAGGGAAUUCAGCUCCGACUCUUCGUGUAUCAUUAUCUGUUGAUGAAAAGCGUAGGCAUGUACUACCAACUACUCAAGAUGAGUCAGCAAAAGAUUUUGAUAAAAGAGAACGAGAUGGACGCGGACACGAACGCCGAGGACGCAAGCGUUCGGCUUCACCAGUAGGGCAUUCGGAGACGAAACGGGCUCGUGAACGAAGAUCGCCAUGGAGAGAUGAACGUCAUCAUACUGCUUCACCUGAAUUCAAACCGAACGAACCGGAGAAGCGUGUCAAAACGGCGGACGAAUUAUUUUUGAAGACAAAAACUCAGCCGGCUGUUUAUUAUUUACCGUUAACUGAAGAACAGAUUAUUGAACGCACCAAACGAAAAGCUGUAGAAGCUGAACUGGUCAAGAAAGUUGCCCAAAAUGGGACCACAAAGCGAAAAGAGAAAAAUGAGCCAGCGAAGGAAAAAACUAGCACGAGCAAACGUGUCAGCGCUAGAUCUCCACCGUCACGUCGACGCUCACGUACCCCACCAUCUCGUCGGCGAUCACAUACUCCUGGGGGGCAACGUGAUCGGCGGCAUUCCAGAUCCCGAUCACCGCGCCGCCGUCGUUAG